GUCGAUGACUUGGAAGGACUUUAUCCUGUGGGAAUGUCGGGCUCAGCAGGGCGGACAGCAGUCAGGCUCCAGCCAUAUUGAUUUCGUCCAGUGGAUCUGAAGAGAUGCGACGAGAGCUUUAGGGCCGAUCCGACCUUCCACAUCGCCGAGGUUCCGAGCGAUUCGACCUUCCGACCUCGAUAAAAACUGCUCACGAGUACCCGCCGUCACCGUCGACAGAUGCGACGGAAAUCCGACCUUGCUCUGCAAAAGUGUUCACUAAUGCUGACGAUGCGAUGUCGCUCAAGGGCAAAGAGUUGAAGCGCAUCGUUGAGGAUGCCAGUUCACUUUGCUCGACAUGGACAAUCUUCGGAUCACUUGUCAGCGGAAGAAAUCUUCCUGGUGCUCAGUCUUGGUUCCGCUGGAUAAUGUCAGCCGCAGCUGUGUCGUCCAGAACUCAUGAUCCUACCAUCAUUAACUUACUUACAGCACACCAAUGCCUCAUCGGAAGGUCACUGGGACAUCAUUUUCGGUGCAUGCACAAAUUCCUACAUAGACCACGGGGGCCAAGAUUCUGAAGUUGCUGCGGGCAAUCUGCCACGAAGGAACUGACUUGUGCUCGUUCGCCCGUAGUUUCAGAAUUUCUAGCUUUCCUCCCACCACUCAGAUCAAAAUGCUCAAAUUGAAGAGCUCAGUUCAGUUCUGGCUGUUCGAAUACACGGACGUGCUGUUGAUGUGGCCGGGCCUCUUGCUCAUCAUCGUGCUCUUGCAGAAUUACUUGAGGUCCUGCGUUUGAGAUACACGACGGCGACUCUCAGGCCCAAAAGCUGGUUUGGUAUCGAAAAUGUUGACGAGGGGCGGACCUGAGAGCAUUGAUCCGCUUGACUCAGAUGCUGCAAAGAUUGGUUCCAGAAAGAUUGUUCCGGUAGACACUGAUGUUGACGAGUUUUACUCCACCUCGCGGUCUUGUUCGCUUGAGCUCCACCUUUGGGGAUCACUCAGUCGACGUUCUAAGGGUCUGCUAAGAGUCAAAAGAUACUUCUGAUCUCUUGGUAUAUAUUGUAGGAAAUCAAUCUACUUUCGUACUUCUCUUUUGCACUCUUCUACAUAAGAGUUCAUCGUUUUGCCGCUUCUGUUGUUCUGUCCAUGACUCCCCUCUUGUCUUUUAUCCUAUUCCUCGAUUGAUAUUCUACUCUGGAGUGUUAGCAUUCGGGCUGCAUAGCCGCAUUGAAAAACUGUCACACACACUUUCCCUCGGACUUCAAUGUCAAGACUGCUGUGUUGAAAUGAGGGAGAAAUAGUCCA